UGAAGCACUUUCGUUGGUGUUAACCGACGAGAGCAUCAAUGGGUUUAACCCAAGGGCUACGUCCUCCAUAGAGGAUAUACACCAAAUUUCAAAGUCGCAGGGAGGAGAAAAAUGAAUAUGGAGCGACUGAUCGAGCUAGUAGAAAAAAAUAAAAUAUUGUAUGAUUCGGAGCACCCCGAGUAUAAAAACAAUAGUAAAAGGAACGAGAUAUGGGACGAAAUUGGAUUGGAGCUGGAAGAAAGUGGAAAUGAAAUUAAAAAAAAAUGGAAGAAUUUGAGGGACAGGUUCGGAAAAUCUUUGAAGCCCAGUUCACGGCACGCUGGUAAGCCGUGGAUUUGGGCGAAUAAGAUGGAGUGGUUACGUCCAUAUAUGUGUUCAACAUAUAAUAGUGAAGAAAGAGAAGAAGGCGAACCAGAACCAGAAGCUGAAGCACUUUCGUUGGUGUUAACCGACGAGAGCAUCAAUGGGUUUAACCCAAGGGCUACGUCCUCCAUAGAGGAUAUACACCAAAUUUCAAAGUCGCAGGGGUCAGACGACAUAGAUAUGUGGUUUUUGGCCCAUGCGAAUUAAAUUUAAGAUCGCCAAAUUGAUAAUGGAGGAGGAAAUGGCGAUGCUCGAUGAAAAUUCACCCAAUUAGUCUC